CACAUGAAUAUCGCAAUGUCUGGUUGUUGUAGGUUAGAAAUAACGCUCAGCUGCGGCAACACGGACCGCACCAGACCGCUCAGUACUCGCGUAUACGUUAAGGGCAGAACGAACUGCUGCAAACGUAACGAAUUAUUACGUUUAUCCGGAUACCUGAAGUUUUUUUUUUCUUUUCUUAAUUAUUGUGGUAAACCUCAGCAAUUAUCCUUCGGUGCAGAGGAAUAAAAAUCUCGUACAUGUUCCAGCAUCCAAACGCAACAUCUCUUCAAUUUCACGUGCGUUUUCUGCAUGAAGUUUUCCAGUACACAAAAUAAGAGGUGAUGGAUGCGGGAGUGAAAAAGGAAAGGCCCACAAAUCCGCGAUCCGGUGCAAAUCCUUUUUCGGUUGUUACAUUUUUUUAUACUUUUCCGACGUUUAUACAAGGAUUUAGAAAGGAACUAGAGGAAACAGAUUUGCCACAAACAUGGGAUAAUCACAAGUCAGGAAAGCUCGGGGAUAGGAUUGAAAAUGCCUGGUUCAACGAGGAAAAGGUGGCAAAGAAGAAAGGCCGAAAACCGUCGAUGCUCCGUGUCUUACGAAAAGUCUUCUUAUGGGAAUUCAUUUUCUACGGCCUACUGCUUCUCGUCGGAGAGCUGGGAAUAAGAUUUUUACAACCAGUAUGCAUUGGUAAAGUUGUACGAUAUUUCUCAAAUCCGCCCCAACGCAGAGCGAAAGACAGUUUGAACUUUUAUGGUGUUGGCAACAAGUUCACACCGGAUUACAGGAUCAAAAACGAAUUAGUUCAACCCAUUGCAUUGGGCCAAUUGAUUUCGUUUUAUACGUCGAAUGGUGAUAACAUCACCAAAGAUGAAGCAUACUUAUACGCUGGAGCUGUGGUACUUUGUUCCUUAUUGAACGUAUUCUUUCAACAUCCCUAUAUGUUGGGUUGCUUGCACUUAGGAAUGAAAAUACGUGUAGCAUGUUGCUCUCUGGUAUACAGGAAGGCUCUGAGACUUAGCAAAUCCGCCCUUGGGCAAACGACUGUAGGCCAACUGGUGAAUCUACUCUCAAAUGACGUGAAUAGAUUCGAUGUAGCCCUCCUCUUUGCCCAUCAACUAUGGGUGGGUCCAUUAGAGACUGUUAUAAUCACAUAUCUUAUGUACUUACAAGUUGGAUGGUCAGCUAUAGUCGGCGUAGCAUUCUUAUUACUUUUCAUACCAAUUCAAAUAUAUUUGGGUAAGAGGACGUCUGUUUUACGACUUCGUACUGCUUUGAGAACUGAUGAAAGAGUGAGGCUUAUGAAUGAAAUCAUUUCUGGAAUACAAGUCAUUAAAAUGUACACAUGGGAGAAGCCUUUCGCAGCUUUAGUUAACUUAGCUAGAAGGUUUGAAAUAAAAUCGAUCCGAGGUACAUCCUAUGUACGAGGUAUUCUACUGUCAUUCAUCAUGUUUACAACACGUAUAUCUAUAUUCGUGUCUGUACUAACAUACGUUCUCGCCGGUUACAAUAUUACUGCUGAACAAGUUUUCGUUCUUACAUCCUUCUACGGCAUAUUAAGACAAAACAUGACCGUUUUCUUUCCGCAAGGUAUAGGUCAAAUGGCCGAAGCUUCGGUGUCCGUCAGAAGACUUGCUGAAUUUAUGAUGUACAACGAAAACAGCAACGUCGAGAAACAAGUGGAAAUAGUUGAUAAAGAUAAAGUGACCAUAAAUGGAACCACGACAAUUACACCGCCAUCUCAGACUGGUGUGUUUGUUAAAAAUUUGACUGCGAAAUGGACUUCAGGACCUGGUGACAAUACUCUGCAAGAUGUUAGCUUUACAGUAGAACCCGGUCAAUUGGUAGCAAUUAUUGGUCCGGUUGGUGCAGGUAAAACCAGUCUUCUUCAUGCUAUUUUGAGCGAACUACCACUUCUGAGCGGUUCCGUUGAUGUUAAUGGAGAGAUUAGCUACGCUUCUCAAGAACCCUGGCUUUUCGCAGGAACAGUACGACAAAACAUUUUAUUUGGUCAACCCUUGGAUAGGGUUCGCUACAAGAAAGUGGUUAAACGGUGUGCGUUGGAAAGAGAUUUCCAACUGUUUCCAUACGGUGACAAGACAAUUGUAGGAGAACGAGGUGUAUCACUUAGCGGUGGCCAAAGAGCUAGAAUCAAUUUAGCGCGCGCCGUCUACAAACAAGCUGAUAUCUAUUUGAUGGACGAUCCCUUGUCUGCCGUUGAUACUCAUGUGGGCAAAGAACUAUUUGAUAAAUGCAUAGCAAGCUACCUGAAAGAAAAGACGUGCAUAUUGAUCACUCAUCAAUUGCAAUAUUUGAAGGAAGUGGAUCAUAUAAUUAUAUUCCAGGGUGGAAAAAUUCAAGCGCAGGGCAACUACAAAACCCUACAAGAAUCUGGCUUGGAUUUUGCUUCCGUUCUACAAGAUGAGUCUACAGAAGUAGCAGACGAACCACAAGAACUCACAAAGACCAUAUCUAGGCAAAACUCCAUAGCGAGUAUAAAUUCAGAAACGAUUGAUGUGCCAAAACAAACGGAAGAAAGUAAACAAGCUGGAUCCGUCGGUGCUUACGUCUACAGUGCCUAUUUCAAAGCAGGUGGUAACUGUUGCGCCAUCUUCUUUCUAUUCUUUAUGUUUAUAUUGGCCCAGAUCGCGGGCAGUGGAGGAGACUAUUUUAUCACAUAUUGGGUCAAUAUGGAACAACAAAAAAAUGGUACAUUGGAAUCAAGCAAUUCUGAAUUAUUCGUUUUUGACACAAAUACGUGUAUUUACAUAUAUUCAGCCAUAUCAGUACUUACUGUAGUAUUUACUUUAGGAAGAUCUUUGAUGUUUUUCUUAUUAUGUAUGCGCUCUUCCACCAAUCUACAUGACAAUAUGUUCCAAAGUAUAACACGUGCCCCCAUGCAUUUCUUCAACACGAAUAGUUCAGGAAGAAUUUUAAAUAGGUUUUCGAAAGAUAUGGGCGCGAUUGAUGAACUCUUGCCAGCAGCUUUGAUUGAUUGCCUACAAAUAGGAUUAGCCCUGAUUGGUAUAAUCGUCGUGGUAGCAGUGAUCAGUCCGUAUCUUAUGAUACCUACUGUUCUUAUUGGCAUCAUUUUCGUUUUCCUAAGGAAAUUUUACUUGGCUACAGGACGAAGUGUGAAGCGUCUCGAGGGAGUUACGAGAAGUCCUGUUUUCGCCCAUUUGAAUGCUUCACUGCAAGGUUUGACAACGAUUCGUGCUUUCAAGGCGCAAGAUGUCCUACAGAAGGAGUUUGAUUCGCACCAGGAUCUACACAGUUCUGCAUGGUUCUUAUUUUUGAGUACCUCUAGAGCAUUCGGCUUGUGGUUAGAUAUUGUAUGUGUAGUAUAUAUAGCCGUUGUUACAAUAAGCUUUUUAAUAGGCGAUGCAGAUGAGUUUGGUGGAAACGUCGGUCUUGCUAUUACCCAAGCAAUUGGUCUAACUGGCAUGUUCCAAUGGGGCAUGAGACAAUCAACAGAACUGGAAAAUCAAAUGACGUCCGUGGAACGCGUACUGGAGUACAGCAACUUAGAAUCAGAGAGGGAGUUGAUAACUCCGCCGGAUAAGAAACCUAAAAAGGAGUGGCCUGAACAUGGAGAAGUUAAAUUCUCAAAGUUAUAUCUUACUUAUAACCCGAACGAUCCUCCAGUGUUGAGAAAUCUUAACUUCGUUAUAAAACCUAAGGACAAAGUCGGAAUCGUCGGCAGAACUGGUGCAGGAAAAUCAUCCCUGAUCGCUGCACUCUUCCAACUUACAAACACCGAAGGAUCUAUAUUUAUCGACGACGUCGAUACUAAAUAUUUGGGAUUGCACGACCUCAGAUCAAAAAUAUCUAUCAUUCCGCAAGAACCAGUCUUGUUUUCUGGGACAAUGCGCAAGAACUUGGAUCCCUUCGAUGAAUACGAUGAUGAUGUUUUGUGGAAAGCUCUAAGUGACGUUGAACUGAAAGACACGGUCAAUGACAUGGCUGCUGGCCUAAAUUCCGAGAUGUCUGAAGGCGGUUCCAAUUUCAGCGUUGGCCAAAGACAGUUAGUCUGUUUAGCAAGAGCUAUAAUUCGCAACAACAAAGUACUUGUACUCGAUGAGGCCACAGCUAAUGUCGAUCCACAUACCGACGCCUUAAUUCAAAUGACAAUAAGAAGGAAAUUUUCCGAAUGCACUGUACUUACCAUUGCACAUAGAUUGAAUACAAUUAUGGACUCUGAUAAAGUAUUGGUUAUGGAUGCUGGUACGAUGGUUGAAUACGAUCAUCCGCAUCUUCUCCUGCAGAAUCCGAAAGGAGUUUUGUAUGGUAUGUUAGAACAAACUGGACGAGGGAUGAGCGACAACCUAACACAAGUUGCGAAAAAGCAUUACAAUGAAACAGUUCACAAGGAAGAACCAAGCUCUUCUACCUAACUAUAUAUUAAGUGACGAUCGAAGACGUAUAUAGAUCUCACAUUGAUGUAAUUCGUGCCGAUUCUAAAGAAAUGUUAUAUACAUAUUUAUUGAAUGUAUUUUUAAGAUGAAAACAAAAAGUGAUCCUUACAUUUUUAGCCUUAUAACAUUGUUGGUAAUUAAAAAAAAUAAUAUAUAUUAAA